GCAGGGCCCCUCCCGACUCUCGCCCACGUGGCUCCUCUCGGGUGAAGAGCUAGUGCAGUUACCCCGGCUUAGGAAGCGGAUGUUUAAGCCAUGGUCUCUCUUCUCCUGACGUUUGAAAUGCUUUAUCUCAUCGGCUUGGGCCUGGGAGAUGCCAAGGACAUCACAGUCAAGGGCCUGGAAGUUGUUAGACGCUGCAGUCGAGUGUAUCUGGAAGCCUACACCUCGAUCCUGACUGUAGGGAAGGAAGCCUUGGAAGAGUUUUAUGGAAGAAAAUUGAUUCUUGCUGAUAGAGAAGAAGUGGAACAAGAAGCAGAUAAUAUUUUAAAGGAUGCUGAUAUCAGUGAUGUUGGGUUCCUUGUGGUUGGUGAUCCGUUUGGGGCUACAACACACAGCGAUCUUGUUCUAAGAGCAACAAAGCUGGGAAUUCCUUAUAGAGUUAUUCACAAUGCCUCCAUAAUGAAUGCUGUAGGCUGCUGUGGAUUACAGGCUCCAAACCUCGGUCAGAAGGGGACCCAGUCUCGUUUACUCUGCGCUGAGAGCUGCCGCGCUGAGGUGCCAUCACAGCCACUGCGCCGGUUUCAGGAGUCGUUCUGGGGACCCGUGUGGGUCCUCCAAGCCUCGGUCAGAAGGGGAGCCGGCCCUGUUUACUCUGCUCCGAUAGCUGCCGCGCGGAGGUGCCAGCAAAGCCACUGCUCCGGCCACAAGUGUCGCGCUGGUGGCCCGUGUGGGUCCUCCAAGCCUCGGUCAGAAGGAGAGCCAGCCCUGUUUACUCUGCUCCGAGAGCUGCUGCGCGGAGGUGCCGGGGAAGCCGCUGCGCUGGCCACAAGAGUUGCGCUGGCAACCCGUGUCGUUCCUCCACUGGGGAUCUUCUGCUCCGUGAGCGACCAGAAUUUGUCUGAAAGUAUGGCGUCCUCUAGUUCUCUGUGCUUUGACUGAGAGCUGCAAUCCCGAGCUGUUAUCGAUCGGCCAUCUUGGAUCGUUCCUCAAAUUUUAGGAUUUUUUACAUUAAAAUAACAAACACGUGGAGUUUAAAAUCAUGCUUUUAAAAUCCUAACAGAUAUUUCUAGCACUUGUAUUGUUUAACAUUUUUCAGAUUUUUCUAAUGAAAGAAAAGCCUAUAUGUAUGUCUAAAGUCAGGCAUAUUGGUUGUGUUUAGAUGUCCUGGUAAUGAAAAUUUGCUUAAUAAACUGAGGAUCAAUCUUAAUAAAUCAGGGAUUUUUCUCACUACACAGAAGAUAGGAGAAUAAAGUCCUUUUUUUGAUUUAUUGAGUUUAACAUUUCUGCAUAAGCAGUUAGUAGCUUAGUCAUAUAAAAUCAGAAUUGCUUCUAUUUAGCAUUGUUCCUACUUUAGAAGAACCAUUUUCCUUGAUAAUAAAUGAUUUCUACACUCACAGGAAAUUAAGAAGAUAAUAUUGAGUAAAAAAGAAAAUUAAAAAGCAACCAUAGUACCACCACCUAAAGGUGUCCACAGUUACCAAUUUUGGCAUAUUUUCUUUCAGUCUUUUUCUUCAACACUCAGUAUGUGUAUAUUUAUUUAAUCUCAUAGGCCAAACAAAGAUUAGAAGAAAUUACAAAUUCUGAAAUACUUCUUUGUAUAGAAUUUUAUUAUUUCUUAAUCGUUUGUGUGAUAGACUGUAUUAGUUCUCGUAGAAAGUUGGUGACUGAAAUGGUUUUAAAAUAUUUUAAAAGACAGAUAAAUGAGACAAUUCCAUGAAACCAGUUAGCAGUGAUUGCUGGAUAAAAACUGCAUUAUCAGUAGUGUCUGACUUCAGAUAAAAAGUUGUAUAAUUUUCUUAUCAUUGUGAAAUGUUUCCUCUUUCUCUUGCUAUUGCAUGAGUGACUUUGAGUAUUGCCAUAUGUUCAUCUGUUUAUAUAAUGCAUUUCUAAUUUGGAAAAAUGUAUAUUACUUUCAGAAAGUAACAACUCAUUUCCUUCCUUUUUUAAAUACCACAAUAUUCAUUGCAAUAGCAUUGUCGACCUUGUAGUGAUUCUUAUUGUUAGUUUUCAGAAGCAUUAAUUGAUUUCAUUGUUGUCUCAGGACUAAAGUAGAAAUGAAAAUCCCUAGCUUAAUACAAAGAACACCUAGUUUUAAUGUUCUUUAUGUUAAGCAAGGUUUUAUCAUCUAAAGUUCUACAUCCUUCUGUGGUCUUAGAAGAAAGUAAUCUAAGCUCUUUCUAUUCUUUUAGUCACUUAGGAACAGUUUUUGACUACCUGCUAAAUCAUAGGCAUAUUUGAUUUUUUUCUUCCUUUCUGUUUGCACUUAUUACUGUUUCUAAUCAUUAUUUUAGUAGCCAUGUUACCAUCAUUUUUUGCUACUUCAUAGUUUUCUUUUUAAAUUGUAAAUCUAAUUGUGCCAUUCUUUUAUUAAAACAAUUUUGGUAAAUUAAUCCCCAUCCUAUAUAGAAUGUUCAGUUACUUGUAUGUUCUAUUAAUGCAUUCUCAUGCUUCUAAUAAAGACAUACCCAAGACUGGGAAA